GGACAGUGAUCGAGAUUCACCUACUACUGUAAAGAGGCCAGUAAUCAUGAAGGUAGCUCUACUCACACUCUGCUUCGCUCUUGGAGUUCUCGCUCAGGAUACGUACGAGAACGCCAACGACAACUUCGAUAUUUCCGAGGUUCUGAACAACGAGAGGCUCCUGAACUCCUAUGCCAAGUGUCUGCUCAACAAAGGACCUUGCACUCCAGAAGUAAAGCAAGUUAAAGAAAAAUUACCGGAAGCCCUGGAAACUCGGUGUGCGAAAUGUUCCGACAAACAAAAGCAAAUGGGCAAAGCUCUGGCUCAAGAAGUGAAGAAAAACCAUCCCGACAUCUGGCAGCAACUGGUGGCUAUGUACGACCCUGAGGGCAAAUACCAACAAGCGUGGAAGGACUUCCUUCAAGAAUAAAACCCUAAAUUAUAAUAACAAAUACAUUUCUCUCAAUUUUAAAAUUUACCAAUAAGUCAUGACUGUCUAAAUUAAUAUCAAAACAAAGC